CCUCAAGCUGAACCAUUCCUGCCAGUCCAAUCCGGCCUACGGUGACCCAGGCCAAGUUAUUUCUGCCUGUAGGAGGCUAUGCUGGUUUGGGGCACUAGGGACCAUGGGGCCGGGAGGUGCCUCUGGGGAGACAGAAUGAAGCGCUCACCUGUGAAGUUAAGGCAGACAGUGUUGGCCUCCUGUCCUGGUGGACAGAUGGGGAGGAGGCAAGGGAGGACAGAGGAAAGAGGCCCAGACUGAACUCCAGAAGACCUAGGGCAAUGCUCUUAAUUUCUUUCUGUAUGAUGCUGGGCAAGUCACUUAACUCCCUGAGGGGCAGGGCCCCCUCUGGGCACGAGCAACGAAAGCUGCUACCAGAGUUGUGACAAUCGAAUGAGCUGCCCUGUUGGUCCCAGUGUGUGUUUGCUGGGGCGGGAGCAGGGGCGGCACAGCGGAGCCAGGAGUAAGGAGGCAGCGGGUCCGCGAGGUCUGUGAUUUAUAUACAGGUCCUGCCCGGUUGAACCUGGGCUGCUGGUGAGCUGAGAGCUGAGAAGCGCUUCCAAGGAUCGCCUGAGGCUGUGGCCAAGUAGAUGCCUAAAAUGCUCAGCCUCAGGGCUUGGGACCCGCCUGCCCUGGGCUCCUGCCAAGCCAGGCCCUGCCUCACUCUGGAGAGGUGGGGGUGUGGAGAUUAACCAGAGGCUAAGGUUCCUUCCUGCUCCCCCCCCAAAAAAAAAGCAGAUGUGGGGAACUGGAGCCCACCCUGAGACCAGAACUCGCCUCCUCAGGCUUGCCCAGCGAGAGCUGCCUGGGGGAGCCCUCUCAGAUUAGUCUCCCCUCGGAGACGGCGCUGCCCGCGGCGCCAGGGCGGAGCCGAGCUCCAGAUGUCCAGGCGCGCACAGCUGGAGGGUCACGUGGCGGCGGCCCCGGCCCCCCCUUCCUGCCAACGCUGCAUUUGGCCCAGGCCCCGUCCCUGGCUGCCCUUGGGACCCCGCGCGGAGCCCCGGAGGCCCUGGCGUCCGGGGCCGCGCCGCUCCCAAGGGACAAGCGUGUCAGGAUCCCAAGGAGCGACGUGGUGGGGGGCGCGGGCGCCAGCCGCUCGGACAUGAGGCGGAGGCUGCGCCUCCGCGGGGACGCGUCUCUCACGCUGCUCCUGGGCACCGCCCUCGGCCUCCUUCUCUACGCGCAGCGCGAGGGCGCGGCCCCGACGACCGGCGCCCCCCGGCCGCAAGGGGAGGCCGAGCCGGGGCCCACCCCAGGCCUCCGCGUCUUCCCAGCCCCGGACGCAGGCGCCGCCGCGGCCCCGCUGGCCUACGAAGGGGACACGCCGGAGCCGCCCACACCCACGGGGCCCUUUGACUUUGGCCGCUACCUGCGCGCCAAGGACCAGCGGCGCUUCCCCCUGCUCAUCAACCAGCCGCACAAGUGCCGAGGGGAUGGCUCGCCCGCGGGGGGACCCGACCUGCUCAUCGCCGUCAAAUCGGUGGCGGCGGAUUUCGAGCGGCGCCAAGCCGUGCGCCAGACGUGGGGUGCUGAGGGUCGCGUGCAGGGGGCGCUCGUGCGCCGCGUGUUCCUGCUCGGCGUGCCCCGGGGCGCGGGCACCGACGGGGCCGACGCGGAGGGGGAAGGCCCAAGGAGCCACUGGCCUGCCCUGCUGCGUGCCGAGAGCCGCGCGUACGCGGACAUCCUCCUCUGGGCGUUCGACGACACGUUCUUCAACCUAACGCUCAAGGAGAUCCACUUCCUGGCCUGGGCCUCGGCCUACUGCCCCCAGGUGCGCUUCGUUUUUAAGGGCGACGCAGACGUGUUUGUGCACGUGGGAAACCUGCUGGCGUUCCUGGCGCCGCGCGACCCGGCGCAGGACCUGCUUGCGGGUGAUGUGAUCGUGCAGGCGCGUCCAAUCCGCACGCGGGCCAGCAAGUACUACAUCCCGGAGGCCGUGUACGGCCUGCCCGCCUACCCAGCCUACGCGGGUGGCGGCGGCUUUGUGCUCUCGGGGGUCACGCUGCGUCGCCUGGCCGGCGCCUGCGCGCAGGUUGAGCUUUUCCCCAUUGACGACGUGUUUCUGGGUAUGUGUCUCCAGCGCCUUCGGCUCACACCCGAGCCUCACCCUGCUUUCCGCACCUUUGGCAUCCCUCGUCCUUCAGCCGCGCCGCACUUGCGCACCUUUGACCCCUGCUUUUACCGAGAGCUGGUGGUAGUGCACGGGCUCUCGGCCUCGGACAUGUGGCUUAUGUGGCGCCUACUGAACGGGCCCCAAGGGCCAGCCUGCGCCCGUCCAUGGCCUGUCGCUGCUGGCUCUUUCCAGUGGGGCCCCUAGCCACCUUCAUGGCCCCAAGAGCCUCUCACUAAGACCCAGUAGGAUUACUGCCGUGUAUGUAGUUCUUUCCCAGAGGUACACUUCAAAAUCUAGCCUCCUACCCCUGAAAGUCUGCCUCAAGUCCCUAGGGAAUGAAGAUUGAGCUUGGCUCCUGCACACCUACCCUACUGGGAAGUGAUCUAGAAGCAACUGAAUGGUAGCUCUUUGAGACAGCCAGGACUGAGGCCAAAGAGCACCAAGCCCCACCAAACAGGUGGACAUGUUUGGUCCUCCGAGCACCAAGUAGGUUUUAGGGGGUUGGGGAUGGGUGGUGGCAGAGGCUCAUGGAAUCGGACCAUACUCCUUGAUUUGGAAGUCCCUGAGUGAUACACAUGCAGAUCUUUCUCAAGGCUGGAGAAGGUGUGGGGGCCUGGCCUCAGUCCUCAUGGAACUGGCAGGCAUUUUGCUAUAACUCAAUCUGAAGGUAGGCAUUUUGAUUCCCAUCUGUCCCUCCACAUUGGAUUUUCAGCCAUGUACUCACCUUUAGAUCUUCUUCUUAGGUCUUCUUUCCUGAAGCCAACCCCUCCUAGGCCCUGGUCUGGCUGGAACACCAUGGAUGGAGACACACUGAGUUGCCUGGUCCUACCUAGAGUCUUUCUCCACCACACAAGAAUUUGCACGCACGCGCACGCACACGCGCACACACACACACACACACACACACACACACACACCAGUCUCCUACUUGAAGCUGUGCUGCCCCACUCCAGAGAGGCAAGGAACCUAAGAUGACUCUACCAUAAAACUUCCCAUAUUGUUCACCCACUUUCUUGAAAAUCAACACUCCCAUGCUUAUUUUAGUACAAACAUCCAGCAACAGCACAUGGUGAGCCGCUGCUGAGGGCAUAGGUCUUUAUUGGAGGGGUAUGGGCAGGGCAUGAGGAGGGUUCCCCUAUUCUAGGAAAAUGGGAAUAGUCCUGGCUGCCCCUACAGUGGGAUGUGUGUGUGUGUGUGUGUGUGGGGGGGGGGGGUUCUGGCCAGGCCACAGUCCAAAUGGGAAGACACUAGUCAGUCACAAAAUUAUGGGAGUGCCACAUAAGGCUGGCUGUACGCCCAGGAACCACUUAGGAGCCUGGGGCAGGUCCCCUGCACAUUCAUUGUUAAACUCUAUAGGAUGAGGCUGUACAUGAGUUAAUUACAAAAGAGUCAUAUUUACAAAAAUCUGUACACACAUUUGAAAAACUCACAAAAUUGUCAUCUAUGUAUCACAAGUUGCUAGACCAAAAUAUUAAAAAUGGGAUAAAAUUAUA